AUGAAGAACGUACGAUCCUGGUGGUCGAUUUUAGUGCUGUUCGAUCUUCUAGCCGCGUCCCAAGCGCUCUCGUUACAAGGCGACAACGUGUGCUACCGAUAUGAGAGCUACACCGAAACGGAAACCAUCCCACGCAAUCAAACGGUGCAGGUGUUGACGAGGCAAUGGUGUCUGGAGUUUAUCCCGCGAUGCACCUUCUACCAGACGGAAAUUAAGGAGGUGUUCGUCAAACAGAACGUCACGAGAACGCGCCGGGUGGAGUUCUGCUGCGAAGGUUAUCAGGAACGGCGCACCGGAAAUGGGUCGAUUGGCGAGUGCCAUCCGAUUUGCCGCGGCGGAUGCAUUCACGGCGAGUGCCAGGCGCCGAACGUGUGCAAUUGCAUGUCCGGUUUCAGCGGGAAGCACUGUCUUCAGAGAUGCCGCAAUGGAACGUGGGGCGUGAACUGUCGGAAUCGGUGCCACUGCCAGAACUACGCUCACUGUGACACGAAAACUGGCCACUGUCGCUGUACGGAGGGAUGGAUGGGCAAAUUCUGUGAGAUUCCGUGUCCUGAAGGAACCUACGGGACGAUGUGCGUCAGAAAGUGUAAGUGCAACAACAUGUCCUGCCAUCCGCAGACGGGUGUUUGCAUGCCAAUCGAGGAGAUCGUGAUGUUUGACAACAUCACGCGGACGAUCGAAAACGCGUACUCCUCAGAAAGCACCGAACGAAUAUCUGCCGAGCAGUGGAUCAAAGUCGAGAAUGAAACAAACUCCACUGUCAGCAAAGCCAGCGGACAAAUGAUGCCAAACGCAACGUACGCCGAAUCGUAUCACGAGUACCUCCCAAACAACACUGAGAUGAGCAUGGUGCUUACGAAAGGUCAUUUAAGAACGGCGAGCAACGAGAGUGUGUACGAGCUGGUCACCACGACGUCUCGCGUCGAGAUCACGUUCAUCGACACGGCAGUCAAGAAGGUCGAAGAUCCUGCUACUCUGAAUAACGCCACAGAUCACGAUGGUCACGACGACACUAUCUCUGGCGAUAACUCAAACGACACCGACACGCAGCUGGUGUACUUGGAAUCCGAGAACCAUCCCGUGCUGUUGGACAUGUCUGAAGAGGACACCGUCCUGCACGAAGCCAACGAGCGACAAGCCCUCGUAACGAUCUCCUGCCUACUGAUCACUCUGUCGCUACUUCUGCUGGUGGCAGUAUAUCUGAAGCGGUUGAAUAGGAAAGCUCUCGCGAAGUCAAGCACUACCGUCAGCCCACCGGCACCUGUGAAGAUCGUGGACGAGAGUGUUCAAACGGGAAGUGACUCGAACCGAUCGUCUGAUCCUCUACCUGACCUGCCGCACGUGACGUACACUCGGGUGAAGCCGAAAUCGCAACGGAAUGGCUCCAUUGAGCAUUAUGACAUCCCGGCGAACAACAGCUUCAUACACCGGGCAAAGAACGCCUCACCGUACAACUACAACUUCCCUGCUGCCAACCUGAAAGUGACACCGAGAAGAUACAGCCUGGAGCACAUCUACGACGAAAUUCAGUACCCUCCAUUGCCGGAAGUGACGGCUGGAAUCGAUACGCCCGACAACAACACGCGAAUCCUCGAGAAGGACAACGAUUACUCGAAAACGGUAGUCGUGACGUAGGGUACGAAGGUGUCUAUGUACGCAGGUUAUGAUCGAUUAGGUUUAGC